GGCGGGGCCCGCGGCGGGGGCGCGCGCGUGCGGCUGCGGGCGCACCACUCCGCGUGGUCCCGCGCCGCGCCCCUGGCGGCCGCCGCGCCCGGCCUCGUGGUCUGCGCGCACACCGAGCGGCAGACCAACUACAGGCUUCUGCUCAACGUGACACUGUCCGAACUGUGUCCGCAACUGACCAAGAUAGUGACCCUUCUGCCUUACUUCCUCGUUUACAACGACACCAAACGCCACCUCCGCUUCAUGGAGGAGAACGAGAAGGCCGACCUGUGGAUAGACCUGGCGCCGCAACAGUGCACCCCCUUCUGGCCGCAGACCGACUCCAUGAUGAUGCACUGCAAGUUCCGCGACUCCACUGUCGUCUCGCAACACUUCCCCAUUACCAAGAACCAUUUCACUGUGCUCAGGAUGGAUAAAGGAUCUGCGAUCUGCGUAGACGUGACAGGUGGCACGGACCGACCUUUCACCAUCACAUUCAAAUCGUAUACAGCAGGCGAUGCGCCUGUCCGUAUUGAUAACCUUUGCGAUGACCUGUUUCUCAAAUUGCACCAGGCGGACUCGGGACAGGUUGCUCUACUGAGCCCUUACCAGUCGAUGCUUUACACUUGGGACGACCCUGGCAAAGAGAGGUUGUUGUACUGGAAUAUAUAUAAUAAUAAAGGCAAAGGUUUCCACGCUGACUUCACUCAAGACGGGUUCGGUGAAGAAAAAGUCAGUUUUCAAUCAGUGAAGCACUCGACACUAGUAGCAACGAGCAGUGUCACUUCAAAGCUAUCGUCUACCCUUAAACGUUUAACGCCCAAAUCUCCAGAACCAUGCUCCUCGAGCAGUGAUGAUUCAGAUAGCUCAGACCUACCCGAGAAUCAAACGAAAGCCAAGAAAAUGAGGAAAGACAAAGUAAUCGUUUACUGGGUUUCGUACAUGGAAGGUUAUCAAAGAGUCUUCGCUUUGGCUCAGGAUGAAAGAAUAGCGUACCAAUAUCGAAUGAGAAUCAAUUCGGAAAGAACUAAUUUUGAAGUUUACAUGUCCUUAUCAGCACUAAGUUUAUCUGUUUGUGUGCAGCAUAAUAAUAACGUAAAAGAAUUGGCAUAUACCAGCAUAACUGAUUCUCUGCCACGAUGGGAAGUAAACGUAAGUCGGAAAUGGAAACAGUUGUCACCAGAUUUAGCAGCUUGGAUCGAGGACAAAUAUCAAACUGAUCAAAAGAAGUGUCAACUGAAGGAGUACAUUGAUAUCGAUUUAGAGAAGAUGCAAAUGACUAAGCCCUUCUUCUCAGAGCUACGUCGAACGUAUAACCCUGGAAUUUGGUUACAAUUCCGUAAAUCUGACACAUAUUCAUACUUCCACAUGAAAUUGCACAGAUUCCAAAUAGACAAUCAGUUGCACGAAGCGAUAUUUCCUAGUGUGAUGUAUCCAGCUCCUUUACCAGCUGAAGCAAGAUCUAGCAGAGGCCUAAAGCCUUGUCUUGAAUUUGAAGCGUUGAAGCAGCACAGGCCUAGCCUGAACCAGGACGUGUAUAAUCAUGUGAAAGUUUUAGUUAGAGAAUUCUGUGUGAACUUAGAUCGUGGUUUUGUGAACCACGUGUUUGAUAUCUUAAACCAUUGGAAGAUAGAGGAGAAGCCGGCAGUGAGGUUGCGAGCCGACCUUGCUUUAGUCCACAUGCCUUUACCGAUAAUAGCGAUUAAAAGUCAGACAACAGCCCAAAGGAACGUUGUGUUUGAAUAUGUUCACUUAUCACCUUUAAAAGUGGUGCUGAGCUUAUCUUCUAGAGGAUAUUUAGCGGAGACUAGUAGCCCUAGCCGUUCGAUAUUUGGCCACAAAAAGGAAAACAGGCCUAAACUGUUUAAUAGUGAUUUGUUGGAAUAUUUGUUUAACUCCUGGGGUUCCUCCCUUUGCGAUAUGAAGGAUGUAGUUUUAAGAAUGGCUUAUCUGGAAAUGCGAAAUGCCCCUAUCACAGUCCCUACUCUCAUGGACAUGGCGUCACGUCAUUACUGGACCCAGCUGGUGCAGCAGUUCCAUGUAUUAGUACUAGGUCUCAACAUCCUCGGCAACCGUUACAGCGUCAUAGGAGAUUUCUCUAAGGGGAUGAAACAAUACUACGAACCUUACCUUGGUUCGAUCGGUGCCCGUGCCCUCGACAUCAGCAGGCGCGUCGGCGAGGCCGCAGCCGCUACGUUGGGGCACUGCGCAUGCGCCGGUGCGCAGGACCUCUUCGACAACGCUCCACGCGCACGCGCCUCCACACAGAAGAGACCCGGAGAAGAAGAAAUAAGAGAAAACGUCAUCCCAGAGUCAAUAUUAGAGGGAGACAAUGUGAAUCCAGCCAGCGUGGUGUUGGCUUUAACGGGCUUGAUCGCAAGGCCCACCAUCGAUUUAUGUCGCGAGGCCGCCCGCGCGUCUCUCUCGCGUCAUCUCGGCGCCAACAACGCUGAAAAGGCUCUGAAAGCAUGCGUGGAGAGGAGUGGAGGCAGACUGGUAGCACGACAACGGUUGCCCAGGCACUGUACACUGAUCGAGGGCGUGACCGCGUACUCGCAGCACGCGGCGCUGGGCCUGCAGCUGCUGGCGCUGCUCGGGCGCGGCCACUACGCGGACACGGACGCGUACAUUGCGCACGCGCACCUCGGACCCACUUCCAACUGCACGCUGCUCAUCUCCACUCAGCACAUCUUCAUGGUUCGCGCGAGUAGCGGAGGCUCCUGGCACAUCGAAUGGGCGGUCACCAUAGACGACGUCAUCGACUCGCCCAUCAUACGCGGAGACCAGCUCGUACUUAAUAUCAAACAAGACGAAAUGGUGAACUAUUUCUCCACGGACGAGAAAGUCAUCGAAGUAUCUGAUCCCGAUAUUAUAACCUGGCUAAAGUCGAAAAUAGAAACGGCCCUCAUUCUCUCCUUGGAAGAUAAACGAUGCCCGAAUGAAUAACAGAACUCGCCGACUGUUCCACAUAGACCAAUACUACACACAAACGAAAAGACUUAACUGUUUCUGUAAAAUCAUAAGAUUUAUUUAAGUUAUUACCUAUUGAUGCACGAUGCCAAACGUCACACAUUUUUUAAUAAAAAAGCAGUUUUUUCAAUGAAUAUAAUAUAUUAAUGAUAAUAGAUAAUUUGAUUCUUCCAUCGCUAAUAAAAAAACAGUAAUGAGUUAAAUUAUGAAAUAGCCAGGCAACGCAUAUUGAUGUAAUACUUAAUCAGUAUUUUGUGGCUGGAUAUAGCAAACACGCGUACAGGAAAACUUAGUAUUAAGCUGUUAUUAAUGUUAUAAAAUAGAGAUGAAAUAUUGUAUCUAAACGAGUUCAAUGUAAUUGAGUGUUUCACUAUGUAAAGUUUUCAAUUUUAUGUUAGAGUUCUCCAUUUUGUGUAACAAAUCAACAUGGCGGGACAUAUCAAUCAGCUGAUAUUAGUUUAUUUGGAUAAUGUGUCCAUCACCAUCUUUAAUUUUGUAAUCGUUUAUUUAAUGUAUCCAUUUCAUAAAUAUCGGAAAAUUUACAAUAUUGUGUUUUAUAAUAAUGAUCUCGUAAUCUAGUCAAAUAGAAUUAUUUUCUAGUGCGUAAGUAUACGUAUUAUAUUGACGUUAUUAUGUUGCUGCUUUAAUAUUUUAUUAGUAAUCAAGUGACAUUACAAAACGACAUAAAAACUCACAUCGACAAAAUUAUAAUUAUCGAGUUUUAUAUAUUUUGCGACACUUAUAUAUUUUAGAAAUAUUUUAGCGUUAGAAAUAAACGCACACUCGAUUAAAAACAAUUGUUGGUAUUUUGUAGUGGUACUGGCAAUUUUAAGUUGUAAAAUUAUUUUGCAAUAUGUUUGGCGCCCAACGUGUAACGUUUAAGUAGUUUUUGCCUAAAAAUGUGAAUAUAACACUCACAGAAACUUUUUUAACUAUCGCUUGUGGUUUUAUUUUAAGCUAUCGAAACCACAAGCGAUCAUUUUUUACAUUGCCUCAUGUUAGAAUUUAAACUAAAUUCGUUCAUACAUUAGAUAGCAUUAAUAAAUGUUGAGAGUAUUUUCGUAUGUAAUGGAUUCACAUACAUAUAAUUCUAAAUAUGUUAUUGAUGUCUAUAUUACGUUAGAUAUACACUGACAUCUCGUAUUCACAAAUAAACUACUUGCUAUAAAAUUCAAUCACUUUCUUCAAGUGUGCCUCAUAGUAUGAUGUUGGAAAAAUAU